UUAGCCUUAACUAAUUAGUUAUUCAGUAAUAGAUUGACACUUGUAACAAGAAAAGUAACAGUGAGGAUCACAUCUGUAACACUAAUAUGAACAGUCCGCAGGAUUACCAGACGGAUUUGGAGGUGAUUCUGGAAUUUCUGGAGGAGCACUACAGGCAGGAAUCUCACAGAAAAGCCCUAUGGGACAUGACUGAUCUCUCUGUCACAUCAACCAGUGGCUCUGUGGACACUUCUGCAGAGAAACGUCCGGAUGAGGAGAAUUUCAUCAAAGUAUCAGGACAGGAAACUCAGGUCAUGGAAUCUUUUCCUAAAGCAAACGUAUUGGACGGGCGCGGAAUAAACACCCUAGAGGCAGCAGAAAGCCCUUUAAUUCAGCAUGCGACACCUGAAAAGCUUGUCAAGUCACUGCCCAGGAUUACAACUGCAGAGAAAGGGAAAAAGCUGCGUCUUUUCCACUUCUUGUUUGAGAUGCUGGAGGAUCCAGAUAUGGCACAUUGUGUAUCCUGGGUUCCAGCUUCUGUUGGCGUUUUCCGCUUUUCUGCUAAAAACAAGGAGCAUGUGGCGGAGCUGUGGGGUCAAAGGAAGGGGAAUCGAAUGCCUAUGACCUACCAGAAAAUGUCCCGGGCCUUACGAAAUUAUAGCCGCUCGGGGGAGAUCAUUAAAGUGAAAAAGAAACUAACUUACCAGUUCAGUGUCACUACACUUUCUACUUUACAGAGCCAGCGUGGUGCAAAGAAAGCAGCGUGAGGAUCCAAAUGAGAGAUGAAUGAUCUCAUUAUUUCGCACUCUCAUGAUAUCUUAAUUGCCUUGGUAAGAGGAGGAGGGUUAAAUUGGUUUCUAUUUUUCUUUCUUGAUGAUCAGUCGAUUAUGCUAAGUGAGAUGAUGACAUUUAGCCUUGGAACUAAGUUACUUUGUA